UCCUCUCCCGUCCAUCAACCGUCACGUCUGCUCCUCCAUAGCAUAGACCCGGUUUGACAUCAGGUCGCCCUUCUGCGAAGGAAAUAAUAUCUCUGUCGCGAUACGUCAUCCACAUCAAACCCCCAUCACACCACGAACGCCCAAGCAGGAAAAAAAAAUAGUUCACCCUAUGACUUCAGUCUCCCAACCAUCCCAGAUCCCCAGCCAGGCCUCCAACUCCACCAGCGCGUCGCAAUCGACCCAGUCGUACGCUUCUACCGCGAAGAAGGCUGUCUCGUCGCCCCCGAUCGCGACGGGCUCCUCGACUCCCUCUCCCGCCGUGGCUGUCGGAGGUUCUGCGCCGGUACAGCACCAUGGAAAGUCAUCAUCUGUCUCGCCAGUAAAUGGCAGAGCUCCGAUCUCUCCUGCUGUACCGGCAGUUUCUGCACCUGCCAUUGCCCACAGCAGUUCUGCAUCUAAUGGGGGCUCCAACGAUCACAGCCGGAAGAGUUCUGUCACGAUAAGCGCGACGGGCCCUAGUGGUUAUAUCCCAAAUGGAGGUCCAGUGGGUGGUUCAAAGGGUGGCAUCCAGUUUGGAUCUAUCACGGGCUCCCCUGCUGCCUCCCAUAGCACUCCCCAGGUCGCGCAGCCUUCUGCUUCGGCCCCGAUCCCGAUCCCAAGCAAUCCCAGAGUGACCUCCCCAGCACAGUCUCCCUCUCCUAUCCCACAGCCAUCUGCAAGCGGUGGAAGGCCUCCAUCUGGGUUGUCACAGCAAGGAAACGGUGUUACAUUUGGCAGUCUCGGUGGCGAUGGCGAUCGUCACAUGCGACAAGCUUCUACAUCUCAAGGUCCACUGGCUCCCGGCAAUCAAGCCGGACAUCUUCGUCGAGAAUCUUCGCAGUCUACACAAAGCGAUAUGAGCAACCAAGGCCCAGGUGCUCAGGGUCGUGGCGGCCUUGCCCCACAAGGCGGUCGAGGUCGAGGUUUCAACCCUCAGUACCAGCAACAGAUGGGAUACCCUCCUACAGCGCCACCGUUCAGAAACCAACCUAAUCAAGGUCGUGGUGGCAUGGCUCCGCCAUUUCAGGGCCAGGGUCGACCAAUGAAUCCCCAGUUCCCAAACUCGCCACACCAAGCUGCUCGCAGCCCCGCCAUGGCGAACUCGAUGCCAGGCACACCAAACAUGAACCAAGCUAUACCAAUGCAGACCCCACAGCAGUUUAACAACUACUAUGCUCCGCACAUGCAGGGCCCACAACAACAGAACUACGGAUUCCCUCCCCAGGGGUAUACUGACCGUAUGGGCAUGCCCAUGCAAGCAGCCCCAUUCAUGUAUCCCCAGAUGCAAUAUAUGAACGGCCCCCCGCAAUCCCCACAACCGGGAUACCAGCAGCCGAACGCGUAUGUGCCUGGACAGUACGCACCGCAGGCACAACCGAUGUCCCGAAAUUCCUCCCAGGUCUCAGAUCAACGACCAGCUUCAAGCAUGGGCCAACCUCAGACUCCUUCGAUGACACCCGUCUCUCAUGCCCACACACCGACGCCAAAAGCCGACUCUGCAUCUACAGCCUUUUCGAGACCAUCUCGACGAAAUGCCGCGAUUCCUAUUAAGAGACCAGAUGGUGGUGCCCUGGACGUCGAGAGCCUGAAGGCCCCUCCUUCCCCUGCCCCCCGAGAUCGCACUAGAACUCCACCUGUGAUUGCCUCAACCCCUACGCCUGCGUCUAAGUCAGCCACUCCUCAACAUGCUCGCAGUGAUAGCGCUGCUGUCAAGACCCAGGAGCAGGUUCGACUCGAGAUCAUGGAGAAGGUCAAGGCAGCUGCCGGGGCCACUGAGUCGGCUGCCAAGGCUGACGAGGCUGCGAAGGAGGCGGCCGAGGCAAAAUUGAAGGAGGAAGAGAAGGCAAAGGAAGAAGCCAAGGCCAAAGAAGAGGCGGACGCAAAAGCUGCUGCAGAGAAGGCUAAGCAGGAAGAGGAAGAAGAACUUGAACGCCAGAUUCGCGAGAUGGAAGAGGCCGAGGCUGAACGGGAGAGAAAGGAAGCUGAACUUCUUGCAAAACGCGCAGCUGAGAAGGCUGCAGCUGAGAAGGAGAAAGAAGAGAGGAGAAAGGCCGACGCCGAAGAGAAUGAUCGCAAACUUCGGGAGCAGGAGCGCGAGAUGGAGCGCCUGGAAGAUGAACGUGAGCGUAAGCGAGCUGAGGCAGAGGCAAAGGCUCAAGGCGGUGAUAAGCCCGAGUCCGGCGCCGACGUCAAGAAGGAGGUCAAGGCUGAAAGCAAGGAGCCCACCUCUGACGACAAGAAUGCACCUACGACCCCAAGCACCCUUGCCUCCAAGCUCUCCAACCUUACCCUGUCUACGGACAGCGGAGCCUCAACACCAGCUUCUGAUGGUUCCAUGGGCCCGCCACCCCCCAAGGUCUCUACAACAGAAAAGCGUGGAAAGCCUGCAGCGCUUAACCUCGCGCCUCUGACCACCAAGCCUGUGGAGCCACCUCAACCCAGCGCGGCACUGCAAUCCCUCAAAUCGGCUCGCUUCCUCACUGUCAUCGAUCCCUCAAUCUACCCGCCUAACAUCAGCUCACCUAACCCCGCACUCAAUUCCGCUGUCAAGGCCAAAGGCCAGAGCUUCAAGUAUGACAAGGAGUUCCUGCUUCAAUUCCAAAAGGUAUUCACUGAGAAGCCAUCGUUGGAGUUUGCCGAGCAGGUGAAGAAUCUGAUUGGAGAUGGCGAUGGAGGUUCAGCACGCUCAGCCUCUACGAGACAGUCUUCUAGCAUGGGCCCCAGACAAGGUUCGAACCGAAACCCUCCAGGAGCUUUUGCGAUGGGCUCUUUCGGUGCUGUUGGUGCCGGCGGAAAGACUCUCCCGCCUGGAACAACUUCGGCAGAGCGCUUCGCCAUGUCCAGCGGUUCCAUGUCACGACCUGCAAUCAACCCCAUGGCUUCUUUCAAUCGUCCUGGUGGAGCUUUCCCUGGUGGUAACCCGAUGACACGUACUCCUUCGAGCUCUGCUAUGAACUCCAUGCCACAUUCACCACGCCAGCAAAGCAGAUCGCAACGCGGCAACAGCAAGCGCGACAGCUACCAACCCAGCAACGCCAAGGCAGAAGCGCAAGCUGCAAAGACGAUGCCUCUUACAGCUGGCAUGGAACUCAAGCCCAUUCAGGUCUCUGCCAAUGGUUGGAAGCCACGGAGUGUUGGUGCUAACCAGUCGGCAACCGGUGCUGCCGGUCCUGGUCCCGGUGGUCACAUGGACCCUGAUAUGGUCCAGCGAAAAGUGAAGGCUGCAUUGAAUAAGAUGACUCCUGAGAAGUUUGACAAGAUUGCCGACCAAAUUCUCGCAAUUGCCGCACAGUCCAAGGAUGAAGCCGAUGGCCGCACUCUUCGACAAGUCAUUCAGCUCACUUUCGAGAAGGCUACAGAUGAAGCUCACUGGGCUUCUAUGUAUGCGAAGUUCUGCAAGCGCAUGUUGGAGACCAUGAGCCCCGACAUCAAGGACGAGAGCAUCCUGGACAAGAAUGGAAACGUCGUCUCUGGUGGAAACCUCUUCCGCAAGUAUCUCCUCAACAGAUGUCAAGAAGAGUUCGAGCGUGGCUGGAAGAUCGACUUGCCAGAGAAGCCUGAGGGUGAACGUGGCGAGGAGAAGACGGAGGAAGCUGCUAUGCUCUCAGACGAGUACUAUAUCGCUGCUGCUGCCAAGCGACGCGGUCUUGGUCUCGUUCAGUUCAUCGGUGAGCUAUACAAGCUCAGCAUGCUUACGGAGCGUAUCAUGCACGAGUGUGUGAAGAAGCUGGUCGACUACACCGGUAUUCCUGACGAGGCCGAGAUUGAAUCGUUGACCAAGCUGCUCAAGACUAUCGGUGGCAACCUGGACAGUACCGAAAAGGGUAAGCCAAUGAUGGACGUCUACUUUACCCGCAUCCAGACAAUGAUCGACACCCCCGAACUGCCAAGCCGUUUGAGAUUCAUGCUCAUGGAUAUCGUUGAUCUCCGGAAGAAGAACUGGCAAUCAAAGGAGGCUAACAAGGGUCCGAAAACGCUUGAGGAAAUCAGAGCUGAGGCUGAAGCAGCUGCGGCCCAGAAAGCUGCUGAGACUGCUCGGGGCAAUCAACGUGGUGGCGGUGGACGUAUGCAAAUUGGCCGCGGUGAUUCAAGGAAUUUCUCGAAUCAAUAUGGCUCUCAGCCUCCCGUCGACUACUCCAAGAACACUGUUGGUAUGGAUGAUCUCCGUCGUCUGACCAAUAAGGGUGCUUCGAGACAAUCGAGUCAACCACUGUCGUUUGGUCCAACUUCGCUGUUCUCUUCUCGAAGCAACAGUGGUCGUAAGAUGGGACCUGGUGGCGCAUUGAGCAGAACGGGUGAGGAUUCAGGAGCUUCGUCGAGGACUGGCACACCUCCACAAAAGGAGAAGGAGUCAGCCACUUCUGCGAACGCGUUUAGUCUAUUAGCUGGAUUAGGAUCUGGAGAAACAGAAACUCCGGCCUCUCCGCCUUCAACAUCUAACUCUCCCGAAUUGACAAAGGCCACUCCUGCAACCGCGGGAAAGGCUGAGGAUAAGGAGAGCGAGCCAUGAAAAUCCGAUGAUAUACACAAAAGUGUUUCUGGAGCAUCCUAAUAUCUCUGCAUAGACCGGCGGACUAAUCUUGCAUUUGCGGCGGAGCCUUUUCUAUAACGUGUCUUAAAAGUCCCUCCUUCUGUUUCCAUGAUACCUCAUAUUCGGCCCAUAGACUACAUUCCGUCCACCAGAUCCGUUUUCAUCAUUUCCUGCGCAUUAUGGGUGGUG